AUGUCGACCGUCCCCUUCAGGGUCAAGGCCCUGUUCGAAUACUCUUCGCCCCACGACGAUGAUUUGCAAUUCCCCGCCGGCGUCAUCAUCACUGUGACCGAUGAGGAGGAUGCCGAUUGGUAUGGCGGGGAAUACGUCGACGACUCCGGCUUCAAGCACGAAGGCAUCUUCCCUCGCAAUUUCGUCGAGAAGUUCGAGCCUCAGGCCCCGCCUCGCCCGACGAGAACGCGCAAGAAGGAGCCCGAGGUCACAUCUCCCGCCUCCGAGCCGAGCGCGCCAGCUCCCCCUCCCGCUCAGCCAGAGCCCCUGCCCGUCCAGGAACCCGAGGUUCAAGAAGAGCAAUCUGCGCCGUCCGUCCCGGCUGCUCUCCCCGCCUCGCCCGAAGCUCCCGCAGCUCCCGAACCCGUGCCCGUUAAGGCACCCGAGCCUGUCCCUGAGCCAACCCCGGCUGCUCCGGCCCCGAAGCCUAGCGAGCCUCCUGCGGCAAAGUCGCCCCCCAUCGCCAAGGCAUCUCCUGCUCCUUCGAAGCCGGGACCGCCCCCGAAGCCUUCCAGCAAUGCAUUCAAGGACCGCAUUGCGGCUUUUAACAAGGCUUCUGCUGCGCCCAUCACACCUUUCAAGCCCAGCGGGUUGCCUGGCGGAACUGGUUUCAUCAAGAAGCCCUUUGUUGCUCCGCCGCCUAGCCGAAACGCAUAUGUACCGCCUCCCCAGCAGGCCCCAAUUGCAAAGGUCUACCGGAGAGACGAAGACCCCGAGAUACAAGAGCGAGAGGCGGAAAACCAAGAGACUGCCGAGAAGGCGGCGCCGGCUGCCGCUGCGACCGAGGAAGGCGAAGAUGCCCCGAAGCCGUUGAGUUUGAAGGAGCGCAUGGCCUUGCUUCAGAAGCAGCAGUUGGAGCAGGCCCAGCGCCACGCAGAUGCCGCCGCAAAGAAGGAGAAGAAGCGACCCCCGCCCAAGAAGCGUACCGACAGCCAGGAGGCUACUGAGGAAGCUGGAGGAGCUUCGGCUGCGGCGCCUGAGAGCCAGGACGCUGAUCAGGCGGCGGCACGAAGCUCUAUCGACUCUCCUCGCAUGCCACCACCCGCACCCAGGCGCAAGUCCUCCCGAGGCCCUGCUGCCGACGAUGGAAACGACGCCGAUAUGAGCGGUGCCGGCGAUACCACCGAAGGACAGGAAGACCUCACUGAGCGGGACGACAGCGAUGCGGCGCCGCGCCCCAUCCCCCGACCGCAAGUUGCGUCGCCUACCGAGACACGUCAAGAGGACGCACAGGAGGAGGAAGAAGAGGAAGAGGACGACAUGGACCCCGAGGUCCGCAGGAAGGAGGAGCUUCGUGCGAGAAUGGCCAAGAUGAGCGGUGGCAUGGGCAUGCAUGGCAUGUUCGGAAUCCCAAUGGGUGCACCGGCCCCGCCGAGGAAGAAGAAGGUCGAGAAGCCUGCUGAGGCACCUGCGGAGGAAGAGCGUGAGGAGGCGACGUCUCCUGUUGGACGCGUGCCGGUGCCGGGUAUGAUGGCAUUGCCCGGAAUGGGCGUCCCGAAAAGACAAGAGGAGCCUGUUGAGGCCGAUGAACCCGAGCGCCCUACUUCUUCCAGAGCUCCGCCACCCCCUCCGCGAACGGCCGAAGAGGCACAGGAGGAGGCCGUCACGAGCCCUGCUCCCACACGUGAGCUUCCAGGAACAAUUCACAGAAUCAUCUUUAACCAGCCAACAGUGCCCGCUCGCGAACCCGCUGGUGCACCCCCUGUACCGGGAUCCAGACCUGCGCCACCUGCAGUGCCGGCUGAGGGCCGACCUCCCACGGCUGGGCUUAAGUCUCCCAGCGAAGGUUCAGUGUCCGAUGACGAACUGUCGGGUGGUGCUCAAGAUACGCCAAGGCCCGAAGAGAGCACACGCGCCCCUCCUCCUCUGCCACCGGUCGCCACAGGUGCCUCGGUUCGAUCGCCGCCUCCUAUCCCAGGUAGCGAGUUCUCGCCAACUUCUCCUACCGGUGCUGCAAACAAGCGCAUGAGCAGACCUCCACCACCUAUUCCCGGAGCCGCGCCAGCUAUUCCGCCAGCACAGUCUCGGCCGCCGCCGCCUCCUCCUCCGGGAGGGUCGCUGAGUCGCCAGUCGACACAGGACAUGCAUGUCGCGUCACCGAUUUCCCCUCCCAUUCGCCCUCCCCAACAGGGCGAAGAGGAAGACGAUGAGGUUACUGAAUAUGAGGGCGACUACGACACCGACAUUGCCUCGUCGGUUCCGCAUAAGGAUGCUCUCAAGGCUCAUGCGCGAGACUCGAGCAUUGAGGAUAACACAUCCGUCAGAUCGCCCGUGUCUGAUGCUCCACCAUCAAUGCCACCUCCAAUCCCCACUGGUGCCGCUCCCCGCGCCGUCCCGCCUCCUAUUCCGUCUCAGCCCCCACCCCCGCCUGCCGACAAGCGACGAUCUAUGGAUGUUCCGCGCGGAGCUCCCCCGCCUCCGCCACCUGGGAAGGAGCCGCCCGUUCCCCAGCAGGACGACGAUGAGUACGACCCAUACAACUAUUCAGCACCCAGGCUGCCGUACCAGCGCACGCCAAAGAUCGAGGAGGAGAGCUACUUCCAAACCGAGUCACCACCUCUGCCUUCUCCUGCGCAGUCAAGAGGUCCCCCACCGGCGCCCCCUACAGGUCGCGCUCGACAGUCCUUGGAUGUCUCGAGAGCUUCCAUGUCUCAGCGCCGAUCUAUGGAUGCUUACAGACCUUCCGUCUCUGUCGAAUCUGGCUUUAUUGCUAACGAUGUGGACCUGGCGAAGCAAAGCGGAUGGUGGCGCCAGGAGAAGACUGUACCGCCCGUGUUCCAGGGAAGAAAGGACCUCUACUUUGAGACGGACGAGCAGACCCAGGGCUCUCAGGUCACGCGUACGGUCUACGUUCUUUUCCAGGAUUACUCGCAGACGAUUAUCACGGUUCAAUAUGACCAAAAUAACGCCGCGGAUGUCAUAAUUGACCAAAGACACGACUCGCCUCCUAGAGCCCUUCGUCAGGAUGAGCUGGAGCAGUCUUACGAGCGUUUUGGACGUCCGAUCGCUGACGCGGUCGCCUCUAAGAAGGAGACUGUUGUCGCCGACGGAACACCGCAGGGCCUGAUUCUCGAGCUCCUGAAGCCAUUCAACGAUGUUCUUGCCCCUAUCGGUACCAGAGCAUACGGCGCUCUUGUCUAUUCCAACAUGGCCAACGCCUCAACGCAACAAAAUGACCAAAUUCGUGCCGGAGACAUUAUCUCAAUCCGCAACGCCCGCUUCCAGGGCAAGCAUGGACCAAUGCACGCCAAAUAUUCGAUGGAGGUCGGCAAGCCCGAUCACGUUGCCAUUGUCUCCGAGUGGGACGGAACCAAGAAGAAGGUUCGCGCCUGGGAGCAGGGCCGUGAGAGCAAAAAGGUCAAGGUGGAGAGCUUCAAGCUCGACGACCUGCGCAGUGGCGAGGUCAAGAUCUGGCGUGUGAUGCCCCGCAGCUGGGUUGGAUGGAACAGCCCGGCGUCUUAG